CUCUCCCUCCGCCCAGUUUCCACCGGUUCCCUCGCUCAGCAGUACGCCCACCCCAGCGCCACUCUGCAUCCCCACAGCCCCCACCCGCAGCCGUCGGCCACCCCCACGGGGCAGCAACAGACGCAGCACGGCGGGAAUCACCCGGCCCCCAGCCCGGUGCAGGCCCACCAGCACCAGGCGGCCCAGGCCCUCCACCUGAGCGGCGCCCAGCAGCAGUCGGCCCUCUACCACACCGGCCUGGCCCCAACGCCUCCCUCCAUGGUGCCCGGCUCCAGCGCCCAGUCUCCGCAGAGCAGCUUCCCGGCCGCCCAGCAGACCGUCUUCGCCAUCCACCCGUCCCACGUCCAGCCGGCCUACGCCAACCCGCCCCACAUGGCCCACGUCCCCCAGGCCCAUGUGCAGUCCGGCAUGGCUCCUUCCCACCCAUCUGCCCAUGCUCCAGUGAUGCUCAUGACGACGCAGCCGCCGCCCGGAGGGCACCAGGCCAUCGCCCAGAGCGCACUGCAGCACAUUCCAGUGUCGAGCGCCACUCACUUCCCCUAUAUGACACACCCUUCAGUUCCCACUCACCAUCAACAACAGUUGUAAAGCUGACCCGGAGUAACUGAGGCUGGAUCCCUCUUUUUGUUUUUGUUUUUUUUUCUUUAAAAAAAAAAAAAGGCCAAAUACCUUUCUUUUCUUUCUUCUGCUUCAUCCAACUUGGAAGCACAGAAACAAAAAAGCGAAACGAAACAAACAAAAAAAACCCCUUAGUAUUUCACUUAUUUUUUAAGGCGAGAGCAAAAAAAAAACCAACCCAAGAGCCCAGGUGUGUCGCAUCCGGUAGGAAGGCUAAGAUCGUUGCCAACUUUUCCCGUGGGAGAACUUUUGGACCGAGUCAAAACGCAAGUCGGUCCCUUCCCGGGGGGUGGGUGGGGGGGAUGAUUCCAUGUGUCAAAGAAACUAAAAUCACCCUGCCCCUCCCCCCCCCAAGUUCGCUUGCAGAAAAAGAAAAAGGAAAAGCUAUUUAUUUUUUAAAACGGCCCUUCAGAGUAAUUGGAUUCCCGAUUCCUUAAGAGGAGAACAAGGACGAGGAGAGAGUCUCGUUGCUGUUCUCACUAAAAAAAAUAAUAGCAAAUAGUAAUUACGAAAAAAAUCAAGACCCUAAACAAAAAUCCCUUUUACCGCUAACUAAACUUAAAAAAGAGGUUUUGUGGGGGGAGGGGUAGAAAAGAAAUUUAAUGGUCAAAUGGAUAUGGAUUUAUUAUUUAUAAAAAAAAAUCAUGUUUGAAGGGGGAAAGAGUAACCGCUGUCCCAGGGCAGCGGUCUAACUUUUAAGUUAAGAGGAAAACUUACUUUGUAGAUAAUAUAAAAUAAAAACUAAAAAAAAA